AUGAGUGUGUAUUACACAUAUUUAUAUGGAGCACUUGGCUUUUUUAUAAGUGCAAAUCAUCUAAGAAAACAUUUGGGAGAACAACCGGUAGAAUCUAGUCAACCGAUGAAUGUGUUAGGUCAAAGUAAAUUUAUGCUUAUACACGAUUUGAAGAUCAUCGCAACAUCUAUGGGAUUAGUACAGUAUGCCUGUUUAGUUUCUGGAUGUCUAUCAGAAAACCCAUCUUUGUUCCUGCCUCAUCUGUUUGGGCAAAUGACCGUCGUAUUGGUGAAACUUCUUAAUAUCCUUCUGGUCUUGCCGUCUUUUAAGACAUGGUGUAAGCUCACUCAUAAAGUGCCUGCCUUAAUUUUGUUGAUAUUCAAUUUACUUCAAGAAUUUUGUGUAUUUAGACAAUGUCUUUGUAUUUGUGACCUCUGA